AUGAAGCAGCGCCUGCAGCGGGAGCUCCUCGACGCCGGCAAGCAAGACGUCGCGCUCCUCCUCCACUCCCGCCUCAAGCGACGACGACGCCCCGCCGCCUACGCGCCACGAGUGUCGCGCGACGGUGAAGAGGCGGAGGGGGAGGAGGAGCGGCAGGUGGCGUGGCACCAGCAGCAGCACCCGGCCGGCGGUUACAGCCAGCCGACGCGCGUGCGGUCCUACUCGCGCACCUACACGUCCGGAUUGUCUUGGGAGCCACAGCCUGCCACGUACGCGGAGGGGCGUCGCUAUGCGGUGCCCAUCGCCGGGGCGGACGUGCAUGUGCGCAACUGGAGCAUCUACCGCCAGUACAUCGAAGUCUUCAACGCCUACAUCUGGGCCAACGCGCCGCUGAGCCCUGCGGUGAUGGACGAGGACAAUGUGCGGUCCAUACUCUACUACAGCGGAGACGACUGGGGCAACGCCCUCGCGCUCAACGUCCACAUCGCGCUCGCGCUUGGCGCGCGGGCCAUGGGCGAGCUGGAGCACAGCGUGGAGCACUACAUGAAGGCCCGCAAGCACCUCGAGUACCUGUUCGACUGCAGCGACUACGCCGUCGCCGAGGGCCUCCAGGGGAUGCGCUACUAUGCGAGCGGGAUGGGCGACAUGGAGCAGGCGGUGUACUACAUGGUGCUGAUCAUGAGCAUUUGUCGGCAGCUCAACGUGUACCACGGCGACGUGUACGCGCGCACCUCGACCCUGUACUACUUCAUGCCCAGCACGACCGACGUCGAGAAGCAGCGCAUCGUGCGCGAGUUUGCCCGCAACUACCCGCAGCUCGACGCCGAGGCCUCCGACACCGCGCUCCGGCCGCGGCCGCGGGUCGACUCGCCCACCUUCUCGUCGCUGCUGCUCAAGGAGAGCCGCUACCCGAACUACCACGAGAUCGAGCGCUUGACCCUCCUCUACGUCGGCUUCAUGAUGAAGCUCGACCGGUCGCGCAACGCCAGCGAUUCGCCCCUCGACGCCCGAUCCACCUACGAGCUCGCCCAGGGAAUGGAGCCCGUAGCGGCAGAAGCGGUGAGGAGUAUUCCAUGCAUGCACUCGAAGAGCGCGCUGCUGGGCUCGCUCGCCCACCAGGCCGAGCUCGCGUGGGGCCUCGGCGACCGGCAGCACGCCACGCGGUGUGCGAUCUACUGGCUCGAUCUGGUGCAACAGCUGCCCAUGCGGUUUUGUUCGCCAGCCAUGCUCCACUUCGUGCGCUCCGUUCUUCAGGUGUGGGUGGGGUUGGAGGACUGGGACCGGUUGGACGCGUCGCUGGCCAUGAUCAGGCCCCUCACUGAGAUCUACCCGCCGUGGAUGCGGCUCUACGACGCCUUCCUCGAGAAGGUCCACCAGGGCCGGCGCGAUUCGUGGGCGCUCCAGCCGCCGCCGCCGCCGCCGCCGCCGCAGGACGCGCCGCGACCAGCGCUCGGCCCGCAGGCGCUUGGCCGGCGACAGCAGCCGCCGCGCGAGUCGCGCCGCCUUCAACCCCCUCCUGCACUAUUCGACCAACUCGCCGCGCACGGGCCCGACAUUCAUCAGCAGCCUCCUGUGCAGCAGCAGCUACAGCAUUACCACCAGCCGCACCAGCGGCAGCAACAGUUCUCGCCUGAAUCGUCUCCUUCGUUCUCCUCGUCGUCGUCGUUAUCUCCGCCUUCGUUCUUCUCGACCGUGACGUCGUCAUCAUCAUCGUCCGCGGGCGGCUCGGCGCUGCCGGGCAUGCCGUCGUUCCGGAUGGCGGACUUCAGCAGCAGCAGCGCAACAACGCCCGAGGGCUCGUCUUCGCCGGCAGCAUCGUCGUCAUCGUUGGCCUCGUCCUCCUCGUCGCUGCUCUCCGAGGAGCGCCAGCUGCCGAGCCGACUCCUCUCCGCCGCCGGCACCACACAUGAGCCCGCGCGUGACAUGGAGGCCUUUGUCGACAAGCUCUUCGACAUGUAG